AUGUGUGAAUACAGCAAGGCUCUACAUAUUCUGCUCAAGUCUCCAGUAACGGAUGACAUAAUAAAAUUCUUAACUGACACAACAUUGAGGGUUGUGCCCUCGAGCAACUACCCCACACCUCCCGGCUCUCCAGGAGAGAAACACGUGGCAAGGCUUCCAUCGCUGAUGACUUUUAUCACUAGACUGGUUAGAUACACCAAUGUCUACACGCCCACUCUGCUUACUGCUGUGUGCUAUUUGAACAAGUUAAAGCGUAUUCUGCCCAAGGACGCUACUGGUCUGCCUUCAACCAUCCAUCGCAUUUUCUUAGCCUGUUUGAUACUGAGUGCUAAGUUCCACAACGACUCCUCUCCUUUGAACAAGCACUGGGCCAAAUACACAGAUGGUCUCUUCACACUAGAGGAUAUCAACCUUAUGGAAAGGCAGCUAUUACAGCUGUUGAACUGGGACCUCAGGGUAAACACAGAAGAUUUGAUCCUAGAUCUGCAGCCUCUACUGGAGCCCAUCAAGCAAGACUUGGCGAGAUCCAGUGACCAGAGGAAGAGAAUCAACAUGAUGAUGUCUAUGAACAAAAGGGCUUGUGCUGGCACGAGUCCUCUCAGAUCAAACAAUAGAUUCAAGCUCUACGAAAAACAGAGAAACGUGUCGAUUGCGUCGGAUUUAAGUUCUGCCACUCUCGUAGACAGUUGUAACGACCUAAGAAGACUAAAAGAUGUUACCAACAUAGCGAACAACACGGCUACUAGCACCAAUUACGUGAAGACUGUUGAGAAAUGGAAUGACAAUGUCAACAGGCAAAGUUGGGAUUUGGAACAGAUAAUGAGUCAACACGGGUUUUAA